AUGCAAAACCUAAAAAUUUUUUUUUUUGUAUUUUCAGGUUGUUUGUUCAACAGCGAACUAUGCAAACCAGAAGACGAAUGGUGUUUUGACGAUAAUGCAUUUGGAAAAUGUAUAUCGUACAAAGAUGGUACAGAAGGAGGAGAAGAAGGAGAAGGGGGUGAAGAUUUUUACGAAUAUCAAAUCGGAAGUGAUUUUUUACGGUUACUUAAAAAAGAAUUAGAAAAUCUUAUUAAAAACGGAUAUAGAUGGAGUCACGUGUAUACUCAAUGCGUUAUAAAAUCUCUUUUGUUUUCUUAUCGUUAUCAGAAAAAUUUCGAUAAAACUUUGUGCGAUUCUUUACCCGAUUACGAUCCAAAUUUGUUUUACUUCGAUGACGGUUCCCAGGACAUCGAUCCGAAAAGUGUCGGACAAGUACAAUUUACUCCGAGUGUUGUCGAUCCUCAUGCAGAAUUUGCUGACGAAAUUUAUUUACCGGUCAUCGGUAAGGAUUUUUGGAACGACGACACGAACGGCGAAAAUGGCGUCAGAGCCAAAACGAGAAACGGUUACAUGACAGACAUUCAAGAAACUCUCAUGUUAAAAAAUGGUAAUAAAAAUGAAAAAAGAGGACGACAGCAACAACCGGACAGUUUUGAAAUUCCUUCCGGUUAUUUAAAUUACAUCAACGAGUUACCCGAUGAUGAUAAUGAUAAUGAUAACGUUUACAAACAUCCCUACCUUUAUAAUAUCGAAAAUGAAUAUGAUUUGAGAAAAGAAUACGAUUCGAAAUCGAAUCCUUAUUUGAAAAAUUUAAGGUACGAUGAUGACGACGACGACGUCGAUGAAUCGAAUCUCGAAAAUUUAUCGAUUUUCGACCGAGUUUUAACAAACGACAGGCGGAAAAAUUUAUUGAAAAGUUUUUCACGUAAUUACAACACUCCGGAAAAAUUUAGAAAAGGUCACGAAUCAAAAGAUGAAGUUUUCUAUCCGAAAUUGUUAUCUUUUAUCAACGGAGAUCAAUCUAUGGAAUAUUAUUACCCGGAAGAUAGACAAAUCGUUUACGAUGGUUACGGUGGAAUCACUGAUAAUAAUGAUUUUACCAAACUCGAUGAUGAUAAUAAUGAUGGCGUGUACACGGAAGGAGGUGUCGUUUAUAUAAAAGACGAUGGAAAAAAUGACGACAACAACCAGCGGGAUUCAUUGGAAGAACUUAUGAAUACAUACGGAAAUUGGGGAUUUAAACGUCCGGAACGUUUAGAUGUUAAAAAACCAGGACCGGCUUACAAUACUAAUAAUUAUGCAUUUAAAGGAGGGUCUCCGAUGGAAAGUCCAAGUUUAAGACGUUUAACGACAACCGUACAACCGACUAUUAAAGAAAAAGAUGAUUUUACACAGCAACAAGACGAAGAUUAUGCUUACGUCAUACUUAAAAACAAGGUUAACACUUGGCAAGAAGGUUCUAGAAUCGUUCGUAAAGUCGAAGAAUUACUCGAUCUUCCUCAAAACACUUUUACCAACAUAAGAGUCGAUCAAAAUUCCGUUAAAUUUAAAAUUGAUUCGAAUCGUUUGAAUUUAAACGCAAGCGAAACUAUUAAAAAAAUCGAUUCGAUGAAAGAUUCAAUACAGAGAGCGACAGGAAUCGAAAUAGUUUCAACCAAAGUUGGAAAUCAGAAUCAUUCUCCGACGGCUGUAAGUCUAUUGGGUGGAGACGAACGACAGCUUUGGAUUUUGUCUUUUUUAUUAUGUGCAGUCAUAGCAGCCGUCGUCAUCGUGGGUACGGCAUUUUUUAUCAUAAAAAGACAUCCUCACGGAAGUAAAAAAAUUGAUAACCUUUCGCAAAUGGAUUCGGAAGCGAGCAAAGACUAUCAAGAUUUGUGCCGUGCGAGAAUGGCAUCGAAAACGGCACAGGAUAAAUCAGAGGGAAACAUUGCGAGUCAUAGAGUAACAAGUUUGGCAAAAGAAUCCGAAGGACAAAAUCAUUCACCUUCUUCGAGAUCUAGCACAUCUUCGUGGAGCGAAGAACCUGCUUUGACAAACAUGGAUAUAUCCACAGGACACAUGGUUUUGUCGUACAUGGAAGAUCAUUUAAAAAAUAAAGAUCGUUUAGAACAAGAAUGGGUAGCACUUUGCGCAUACGAAGCCGAACCUUGUGCGACGACGAUCGCAUUACAAGAAGACAACAUAAAAAAAAAUAGAUACGGUGACGUGUUACCCUAUGACCAUGCUCGAGUCGUUUUAAAUGAAUUGUUCAAUGCUUCCGGAUCGAGUUACAUAAAUGCUUCAACAAUCACCGAUCACGAUCCACGUAAUCCGGCAUAUAUAGCCACGCAAGGCCCACUACCGCAGACGACGACAGAUUUUUGGCAAAUGGUUUGGGAACAGGGUAGCGUCGUUAUGGUUAUGUUGACUCGUUUAACAGAAAACGGUACGGCUAUGUGUCACAGAUAUUGGCCGGAAGAAGGUUCGGAAAUAUAUCACAUAUACGAGGUACAUUUGGUAAGCGAACACAUUUGGUGCGAUGAUUAUUUGGUACGAAGUUUUUAUUUGAAAAAUAUAAAAACCGGAGAAACGCGAACCGUUACGCAAUUUCAUUUUCUUUCAUGGCCGGAAAAUGGGGUACCGUUAUCGACGAAAGCACUUUUGGAAUUUCGCAGAAAAGUUAAUAAAUCUUACCGUGGAAGAUCUUGUCCGGUUGUUGUUCACUGCAGCGACGGAGUCGGAAGAACCGGUACCUAUUGUUUAAUCGACAUGGUUUUAAAUCGCAUGGCUAAAGGUGCUAAAGAAAUCGAUAUCGCCGCCACAUUGGAACACAUAAGAGAUCAACGUCUUUUAAUGGUGAGAACAAAACAACAAUUUGAAUUCGUUCUUAUGGCCGUUGCCGAAGAAGUACACGCCAUAUUGAAAGCAUUACCGGCAAAUCCAAAUCAUUCUCCUCCGCCUAUUGUCAAAGAAAAAGAUUAA